CAAUAGUACGAGAAUGAGGUGUUUGUGACGAUAUAAUGGAUUUGAACAAUGCUAACUUUAAUGCUUUGUUACGUCACCCCAUUGCUUCAGAUGCAUUAUUACGUCAUAAAGCAUCACUUCAAAGUCAUUCGAGCGUAGCUGGUACGUCAUCAAACGGAUAUUUCGUUCCAGAAUCGAGAAACACUUCCAAGUAUUCUGAAAAUCAACCAUUAUCAUCUAUGACGCAUGAAUGGGGUAUUAUGGAACCUCGUCCAAUCAACAGCCAGCAUCCCGGUCACGUGAUGCAGCAUCCUUUUCACGGAAAUGACGUCAUUCGCGACCACCAUGGUUUCGUGACGUCACCUUCCAUUCGUGACGUCACCGAGCGUAAGAGUGACGAAAGCAGUGACGGAAGCGAUCGUGACGCAAUAAUAUACCCGUGGAUGAAAAGAAUUCAUGGAGGGGAAACCCCAGACCCGAGCAAGCGAACCAGGACAGCUUAUACGAGGUACCAGACAUUGGAACUUGAAAAAGAGUUUCAUUACAACCGUUACCUAACCCGUCGUCGCCGCAUAGAGGUCGCCCAUACUUUGUGUCUCACCGAACGUCAGAUCAAGAUAUGGUUUCAAAACAGGAGGAUGAAAUGGAAGAAAGAAAACAAACUUUCUUCACUUAAUUCUGUCACUCAUGUGUCGGGGCCGCUAAGCGGUGACGACUAACAUUCUAUUAGUGCUGUUGUCUUCGUUAUACCGAAAUGAGAGACCAAAAAAGACUGUAUGUUAGAGGUUAUCCUAUAUAGUAGGUUGGGGUAAGAUGGUUCAUGAGCCAUUCUCUUUUAUCGUCCCAUUUGGUAGUAAACAAAGAAUAUUUACUAAGUUAUAUAACUGUAUCCUCUAAAAGAGCGUUGUUUAAUUAAAAAAACCUUAGGAAAUAUUGAAUAUUAUGCGCCAACGUUACCCAUCUUAUCCCGCUCUAAUGUAUAACGUAGUAGGUUUUUCACCAGCGCUGUUGUAUUAUUUGAUUCAUAUACAAUGUCGUUCAUAUAUACCUCGCAUGCUUGGCUUGUACAACAAGCAUAUCGUGCGUUGGUAAAGUUGGUUCGUGGAAAGAAAGUUAAAUUAAAACGGAGUGGACCAUGUUAA